GGCCGUAACGCCGUCUGCCGGGCCGUUAUCGCGUGAGGCGCGGGUGGCGCGGCUCGAGAGGCUACCACAGAGCUGAUAGCGGCGCACCGAGCCCACUCGCACAAGGUCUCGGCCAACAACACCGGCAGACCGGCACCGUGGCGCAGCCAGUCGACUCAGCGGCCAGCCGACCAGACAGACACACACUGCCCAGAUGGCCCGCAGGGCACAUGACCACUGUGGUCUGCUAACGGCCGCCGCGCUGCUGCUACUGAUGGCUUCAGCUCUGGCUGGCGACUGGUGCGAGAAUUUCGAGUCUGGAGCUGGAACAUUCUGGGAGCAGCGCAGCUUCAGCGGACGCUGGCAGGCCAGCACCUAUUCACAAGAAUCAGCUUUGACCACCGCAAAGAUACCAAAACCGAUCACCGGCGAGAGCGGUGUGCUGGUGCUACGUCCGUGGCGCGCCGGAGCCGCGGCCGCCUCCCGGCUCGUCUCCCCGGAGCUGCUGGUCUCCGAGGGCGGCGCCAUCGAGAUCACCUACUGGCUGUGGUAUAACGACGCUCCGAACCAGGUCACCUUUCUACUUUACAGGCUGGUCAAUAACGUGGAGGACAGGGCGCCAUUCCUCAAUAUCACAGCCUACUCCACGCCUCACCAGCGGCAAUGGUCAACAAUGACGGCCGGCCUGAAUCUGGACAGAGGCCGGAAGAUCAGAGUGGCUAUAUACGGAUACUUAGCUGGGAACGCUGCAGCCGCCAUCGCCAUCGACAGAGUCGUUCUGCACCGAAUUGAAGACUCUAACGCCUGCGAGGAAGCGCCAGUGGCAAGAGCGUCUCCGACCGACGACCCUGGUCCUGAGGGGCCGGCGUUCGACUUUUUCUGUCCGACCGAGUACGGUCUGUACAUGGACCCGGAGAGCUGCGAAUACUACUACAGCUGUAACUCGUGGCUGGCCGUCCACAUGUCGUGCUACACCAGCCUGGUGUUCAACCCGCAGACCAGCAUGUGCGACUAUGUGCAGCACGUGCCCAGCUGUCAGCCGCAGGCGGUCGGUGAUGUCGUCAGUCCCGCAGAAGCCAACUGAAGCACCAACAGGACAGUCGGGAUGCUCCUGCUGUCAUAAAACACUGAAGCAACAAUUUGUAAUGGGAAAGUAAAUUAACAAAACACAAUGCCAUUCAAUGUUAUGUUUUAAGAUUUUAUGAUGUUGAUGAUUAAGCAGUGAACAAUGAAAAAGUAGAAUUAUUAGUAUUAUUAUUAUAAUUAAUUAUUUAUUAUUUAUUAUAUACUCUGUUCGUAGCCCUUAUUAUUAUAAUUAAUUAAUUAUAAUUAAAUUAUUAUAAUUAAUAUAAUUAUUUGAAACAUGCUUGACCUUCGCCCCAGUGGGGGAGCAUAUGUUACCACCCUGUCGCGUUUUUUGCGUGUGAAUAAAAAACCGCGGCGCGUAGCGCCGCGCCGCUUGGA